GGCCGUCUCUUUUGUUUCUCACUCUUUUUCACUCAUUUUCUCACUCUUUUUCACUCAUUUUCUCACUCUUUCUCAUUCUCUCUCUCUCUCUCACUCGAGCUUUUUCUCUGAUAAUCGUCAAGAUGGUGAGUGCCGAAGCUGCUCGGAAUGUCGUCGGUAUCAUUGGGAAUGUUAUCUCGUUCGGACUGUUUAUUUCCCCAGUUCCAACAUUUUACCGAAUCAUCAAGAGUAAGGCGGUGGAGGAGUUCAAGCCAGAUCCUUAUCUGGCAACAGUACUCAACUGUUUGCUUUGGAUCUUCUACGGCAUGCCGUUUAUUCACCCUGACAGUCUCCUUGUCGUUACUAUCAACUCAGUUGGCCUUGUGCUUGAACUCAUUUACUUAAGCAUUUUCUUCGUCUAUGCUACCAACAACGGACGUAAGAAGGUAGUGGUGUGGCUACUUGCGGAGACUGUCUUCUUUGGCGCUGUUGUUGCUGUAGCACUCAUGCUUUUCCAUGGCACUAAGAGAAGGUCUCUAUUUGUUGGGAUUCUGUGUGACAUUUUCAAUAUCAUAAUGUACUCUUCUCCACUUACUAUCAUGUCCAAAGUUAUCAAAACUAAGAGUGUGGAGUACAUGCCCUUUUAUCUAUCCUUGACCAACUUCCUCAAUGGUUCCUGCUGGACUGCUUAUGCCCUCAUCAAGUUCGACAUCUAUGUCCUGGUAAGCAAUGGGCUAGGAGCAAUUUCUGGUGCUGUUCAACUCAUCUUGUACGGAUGCUACUACGGGACAACUCCUAAGAAGGGCCAGAGCAUUGAUGGUACAACCAAGCCUGCUGCUAGUGAAGUUCAGCUCUCUGCCGCAGAUCGAGUUUGAUUCAACCCUUUUGGGCUUUUUAGAUUAAGGGAUAUAUAGUAUUUUUUUUAAUUUGCAAUUAGUUUUUUAAUAUUUUUCGUUAUUGAAUUGUAGAUAGAGAGCUCAUAGCAAUCUCUAUGCACUAGCUAGUUAGUUAUUUUAGGUCCUUUUUUUACUCAAUAUUAUUACUGUUUUUUCUUUUUAUAUUAUAUAUUUUUUUUAGUUUA